AUGCACCGCGACGACGAACACGUAGACAGGGAAAUCCUGGAAAAGCAGCAGGAAAUAAUAAAGUGCGCCAAGCAACAGGACUUCAUAAGGCUCCAAAUAAUCAUCCAGCCCUACAUCCUUCGCAAUGACGUCGAAAUGUUGAACGAAAUUAACAUCUUACACUGGGCGUGCUACUGUGGCUUCACGGAGCUAAUCAAAAGGUUAAUCAAUCUGGCUGUAGAUAUAGACAAGGAAGACCUAGUUAACAACGAUACAGCCAUUUACUACGCAAUAAAGAAUAGCCACUACGAAAUUGUGCUCCUCCUAAUCAAGCACUUUGGCCCAUCCAUUUUAUUUCAUAAAAAUAGGAGAAAAAUGAGUCCCUUCCUAACAGCCAUUAGCGAAUUUAAUGAGGGUAAAAUUUUGGAAGCUUUACACAUCUUAGAGCUACUCUACCUGAACGGAGCUAGUCUGGAGGAACAAAAUGAACAUGGGCAGACUGCCCUCUUCCUAAGUGUAAAAAGAAACAACAUAAGUACAUUGCAGUGGCUACUCAGUAAAGGUGUUAAUAUUAACCAUCGAGACUUUUAUGGGAACACCAUUCUGCAUAUCGCCGUCAAACACUGUGAUGUGGACAUCCUGAGACUCCUCUGUGAUUAUGGGUCCCUACCUUUGGUUCAUCAGACGUCCCUACAAAAUGACAAUACCAAUGUGCUCCAACUGUGCCUAAGGAACAGAUACUUUUUGGUUUUCAUUUUGCUAAACAAGUGGAUGCUACAAGAUAAACUCUGCAAAGGGAUUAAAAUUUGCAAAACUGUAUACGCCUUUUACUUUUGGUUCUUCGCCAUCUUAAAUUUAAUUGUCUUUGCGAACAUUUCUAGAUCCUUUUGGGCUUUUAGGAAGUACCAUGCUUUGUCCAUCACCUGGCUAGCUAUUUGGCUCUUCCAGCAGUUCCUUUGGUGCCUUCUUUAUUUUAAAAGCCCCGGGUUUUACAAGCAAAAUGAAACUCUAACCAAAAGGCACGGGAAAAGAAACACCCCCUUUGCCUACACCUACGAUGGCUCCUUCAAAAAAAAGGCCGAGUAUCAGCUGAACGGCCUCGAGAUGGAGCUAUACAAACUUAACAAAAGCAUCUCUUCGUCGCUUAUGCAUCCACAGAAAAUGAAUAAGGACGAUCACGCUAAGUACGACCAACUCGUCGCCCACCUGGAGGGCCAGAAGAUGCCUCUCUAUGCGCAGGUUUCCCAGGAGCGAGUCAACUCCCUCGACGCCGACUACAGGAAUGCCAUACUCUACAAUAGGAAUCCCCGGAACGUCUGCGUCACGUGCAACAUCGUCAAGCCCCCGAGGGUGCACCACUGCGCGGAGUGCUUCCACUGCAUCGUACACCAAGACCACCACUGCGUAUGGGUUGACAACUGCAUCGGGAUAAAAAACCAGCGCGCCUUCUACCUCUUCAUAUUUUCCAUUUUCGCCCUGCUGCUCUACAACUACUACUACGUUUUCUUGUACUUCAGUUUGUUUCACAAGACGGUGGACUACGCCUUCGCCCUGCUUGUAAUCCUGUGCAACUUCAUCAACAUCACCCUGUUCGCCUUCAUAACAUAUUUGUUCGCGCGCAACACGAGGACCAUUCUAACGAACAUCACCUUUUACGAGCACUUUAAAAAGCCGAGCCACAUAACGGAUAAGUACAACACAGAGUUGAGGUGCUGGGACUUCCAAAAUUUAAGCCUUAAGAAAGCGUUCAGAAACGUGUACUCCUUUUGGUCCCUAAAUUACGACGAGCCCUACCUAAGACACGGCAAAAAAGCAACUGACGAUAUUUACUACACGCUUAUCUCGGACAGAAUAUAG